UUGCAAUCAAAUAAUGUUAAGUUCUUCAACUGACUUGAGCACUUGCAGAGGUCAGAGAUAAUGAAGGAUUUCCAAGUCAAUCCCGAUCUGCUCGAGGAGCGAAUGUUAUGUCCUUUUGACCAAGAAGAGCUUACCAACCUUCUUGAUGGAGGUAAACAAUCGACAGAAGAGAGGCGAAGGCUGGAAAAAUAUUUCCUUCAAUCAGGGGCUGGUAAACCGGAUGUCGACAUUGACGCCUUGGGUGCAGUGGAACGCUAUGAGUAUGAUAUUAAAAAGAGUACAGAGCUCUUCAAAAUAGCUCAGGAUAAUAAUGACGGAGCUAUGGCUAAUAUCAAAGCUAUGGUUGGUGGUGGGACGGGGGCUGCCUUAAUGCCGGAUGGCACGCCUUUGGGUCUCCAUUUCAUCAUGUUCAUCCCCACUCUAAUGGGACAGGGAACUUUAGAUCAACAAGCCGAAUGGCUGGGCCGAGCUUGGAAUAUGGAAAUCAUUGGGACCUAUGCCCAAACCGAAUUAGGCCAUGGCACGUUUAUCCGAGGCCUGGAAACUACUGCCACGUACGACGAAAGGACCCAGGAGUUUAUCUUGCACUCGCCAACCAUUACGGCUUACAAAUGGUGGCCCGGUGGGCUUGGUAAAACCGCAAAUCAUGCCGUGGUCAUGGCUCAAUUAAUAACCAAAGGUCAGAAACGAGGUCCUCAUCCAUUUUUCGUCCAAUUGAGGGACGAAGACACCCAUGUGCCAUUGAAAGGGAUCAAGAUCGGUGAAAUUGGACCGAAACUUGGAAUGAAUUCCAACGAUAAUGGCUACUUGGGCUUUGAGUCCCACCGCAUUCCUCGCAAACAUCUUUUGAUGAAGAAUGCCCAAGUUUUACCUGAUGGAACCUACGUCAAACCCGCUCAAGAUAAACUUAGUUACGGAACGAUGAUUUUUGUUCGGGUUUGCAUUGUUGAAGAUGCCUGUUUGAACUUGAAAAAGUCCGUCACCAUUGCCGCACGAUAUAGUUGUGUCCGACAUCAAUCCGAACUUCUGCCUGGGGCAGCCGAACCCAAAAUCAUGGAGUAUCAAACCCAGCAGUUUAAAAUCUUGGUGCCUCUUUCAAUGUGCGUCGGGUUUGUGUUCGUUGGUCAAAACCUUUGGCAAGCAUAUUCCCACAUUCAGCAAGAUAUCGAAGAGGGGAACUUUGACAAACUCCCCGAGCUCCACGCCCUAUCCAGUGGUCUGAAAGCCCUGGUCACUCAAGAAUGCGCCGAUGCCAUGGACAGCCUCAGAAGGGCAUGUGGAGGCCAUGGCUUCAUGUGCAAUAGCAAUCUACCGCGACUCUGGGGCCUUGUCACGGCCUCUUGCACAUAUGAAGGCGAAAAUACGGUCCUUCAACUUCAGGUGGCUCGAUUCGUGAUGAAAUGUUUGGAUCAGGAUCAAUCCAAGCCCUUGCCUGAAUCGAUGAAGUAUUUGAGAGCCCGAGAUUCAUCCUCGACCUGCACCACCAUUCGAGGUUUGGUGCUUCUUUUCCAAACCACGGCUAGAAAUAUGGCUUUGAAGGCCCAAUUGGCUCUAAAAGCUAAUGAAAAAACUGCAUCACACAAGGCCUAUGCUUGGAAUCAAACCACGGUUCAAUUGAGCCUGGCAGCUUUGGCAACAGUAAGGGCCCACGUGGUGUCCGAAUUUGCCACUGCCGUGGAAAAUCCUUCAAUUUCAGAACCAUUACGAAACAUUCUUCGGGAUUUGUUUGAGCUGCUGGCCUUGGCCUGGAUUCAGAGGUUUUCGGGCGAUUUCCUCCAAUAUGGAGGAGCUCAGGCGGUGCAAAUAAGUUGGGUACAAGAGCGAAUCCUGGUGCUUUUAGCACAGAUCCGGCCAAUCGCGGUAUCGGUUGUAGACGCUUUUGAUAUCCCAGACGAGGCCCUGAAAUCUACACUUGGAUCAUAUGAUGGAAGGGUUUAUGAGCGAAUGCUCGAGGCCGCCAUGAGGGGUCCAUUGAACGAAAAGGAUGUUCCCGAUGCGUUCCACAAGUAUUUAAAGCCAAUGAUGCAGUCUAAUCUGUAAUAAAUCCAGGUUUAUUACUGCCAGAAA